GCACCAGUUUCCAGUCCCUUCUCAGGGCGGGCUCUCGGGCGCCCGGGAAUCCUAGGCUGCGGUGUGUUCCUGGGCAAACUCAGGACUCUCUUCCCCUCCUAGCCACCCCCCUUCCCAAGGACUCGCCGAACACACUUCGAACCCGGUGCCUGAACGCAGCCCCGAACUGCAGGACCGAGCAGCCAGGCGCGGGCGAAAACAAACAGCUGGGGCUGUGAGCGCCCCCGCCCCAGCCCCGAGAGCUCGCCGGCCCCGGCCCCCACCCGGGUCACCCGCCCGCCCACCAUGAGGAAGAUCCGCGCCAAUGCCAUCGCCAUCCUGACCGUAGCCUGGAUCCUAGGCACUUUCUACUACUUAUGGCAGGACAACCGAGCCCACGCAGCAUCCUCCGGCGGCCGUGGCGCGCAGAGGGCCGGGGGGAGGCCCGAGCAGCUCCGCGAGGACCGCACCAUCCCGCUCAUUGUGACAGGAACGCCCUCCAGGGGCUUUGAUGAGAAGGCGUACCUGGCCGCCAAGCAGCUGAAGGCUGGAGAGGACCCCUACAGGCAGCACGCCUUCAACCAGCUGGAGAGUGACAAGCUGAGCCCCAACCGGCCCAUCCGGGACACCCGCCACUACAGUUGCCCAUCUGCAUCCCAUUCCUUGGACCUGCCGGCCACCAGCAUCAUCAUUACCUUCCACAAUGAAGCCCGCUCCACCCUCCUGCGCACGGUAAAGAGUGUCCUGAACCGAACUCCUGCCAGCUUGAUCCAGGAGAUCAUUUUAGUGGAUGACUUCAGCUCAGAUCCUGAGGAUUGUCUGCUCCUGACCAGGAUCCCCAAGGUCAAGUGUCUGCGCAAUGACCGGAGGGAAGGGCUGAUCCGGUCCCGGGUCCACGGGGCAGAUGUGGCCACUGCUGCUAUCCUCACCUUUCUGGACAGCCACUGUGAAGUGAACACCGAGUGGCUGCAGCCCAUGCUGCAGAGAGUGAAGGAGGACCACACCCGCGUGGUGAGCCCCAUCAUCGAUGUCAUCAGUCUGGAUAACUUCGCCUACCUUGCAGCAUCAGCUGACCUGCGGGGAGGAUUUGACUGGAGCCUGCAUUUCAAGUGGGAGCAGAUCCCCCUUGAGCAGAAGAUGACCCGGACAGAUCCCACCAAGCCUAUAAGGACGCCUGUCAUAGCUGGAGGCAUCUUUGUGAUCGACAAGUCCUGGUUUAACCACUUGGGGAAGUACGAUGCCCAGAUGGACAUCUGGGGAGGAGAGAAUUUUGAGCUCUCCUUCAGGGUGUGGAUGUGCGGUGGGAGCUUGGAGAUCGUCCCCUGCAGCCGUGUGGGCCAUGUCUUCAGGAAACGACACCCCUACAACUUCCCCGAGGGCAAUGCCCUCACCUACAUCAGGAACACUAAGCGCACUGCAGAGGUGUGGAUGGACGAAUACAAGCAAUACUUCUAUGAGGCCCGGCCCUCGGCCAUUGGGAAGGCGUUCGGCAGCGUGGCCACACGGAUUGAGCAGAGGAAGAAGAUGAACUGCAAGUCCUUUCGCUGGUACCUGGAGAACGUCUAUCCCGAGCUCACUGUCCCAGAGAAAGAAGUACUCCCUGGCAUCAUUAAGCAGGGCGUUAACUGCUUAGAAUCCCAGGGCCAGGACACGGCCGGGAACUUCCUGCUUGGAAUGGGGAUCUGCAGAGGGUCAGCCAAGAGCCCACCUGCACCCCAGGAGUGGCUGUUCAGUGACCAUCUCAUCCAGCAGCAGGGAAAGUGCCUGUUUUCCACCUCCACCUCCACCACCCCUGGGGCCCGGGUCACGCUGCAGGUGUGCAACCCGAGGGAAGGCAGGCAGAAAUGGAAGAGGAAAGGAUCUUUCAUCCAGCACGCGUUCAGUGGCCUCUGCCUGGAGAUGCAGCCCACCCAGCUGGUGACGAAGAAGUGCCAGGCCGAUGCCCCGGCCCAGCAGUGGCAGCUGCUGCCACACACAUGAUGGUAGCUCGGGGCCUCCUGUACCUUUUGCAUGAGACUUUGGGACUGGAAGGGGGUUAGGGUGGGGGAGUGUAAAGCGGGCCGUUUCCAUCUCCUCACAUUCCUGCCAGAAUCAUCAGCAAACACCCCUGCCAUGACACACAUUUCUCCAAAGCUUGAAUUGGGGAGGGCAUGGGGGACACAUCCCCAUGCCUGCUCUGCCACCCCAGCUGUGGCAUGGGAGCGGAGAUGGUCAGGAUGCUGAGCUGCUGUUGCAGGGGCAGAGACUGGGCAGGUGUCCCCUGCCCUCUGCCCUCUCCCUUGCCCUUCCUUGGGGCCCAGUGGUGAUUUGUGGGCCCUCCCCUUGUUGGCUGGGAGAACGAGGACAAAAGUCUACCUGGGGUCCCAGCUGGGCCAUGCGGCCUGCCUGUGGUAAUGGGGGUGGGAGGAGAAAGUGGGCAGCUGAAGGCUGGGAAGAAGCGGGGAGAGGGGCAGCCUGCAGAGGCAGGCAGAGAACAGAAAGCGGAGGAGACGCAGUGACCACAUCGGCAAGAUGCCAGGCCCAGCUUGGCUGGGGGAGGGAUGGGGUCCUCGGGACAAAGGAUGGGUAACCUGUGGAAGAACACGGUCAGAGGAGCAGCAGAGCAUCGAAAGAGCAAGGUCUCUUCCCCACGAGGUAGUUUCUCCUCUACUUUGCUACUGAGGGUCUGAGCCCGAUUCUGUGCCUCCAGUUCUGCUGCUGUGAGUCCCCAGAGUCUUGGCAAGAAGGCUGCAGAGGGCUUUUAGGAGACACAGUUUAUUAAACAGACCCCACUUCUGUUUGGCCAUGUGCUAGGCCGAGGCCCCUGCCCCUGGCCUGGAAGGCCAGCUGGUGCCUGUCCCACCUGCCUUGGCCCCUGUGAGGCUCCCGUGAGGACAGGCAGCCACCUCGCACCACAGACCAGCCCCCGCGUCGUUCUUAUUUUUCGACCCCUGCCUGCUCAAAGGUCUUUGCCUCUGUAAAUAUAGCAUCACGGUGGUGGGGCGGCCAGUAAAAAUGGGAUCUCCUUUCUGGAGGGAGAACAUCACCUAAGUCAUUAGAGGGGCCUCCAGGGUAAACCUAGUCCUCAUUGCCCUCCCCGCUCUAGGAGAGAGUCCCCUUGAAGGGUCAGCUAUGGCCGUGGGCCAGGAGGCUGGCUGGUAGCUUGUCUUUGUGUAGAGGACCCCCAGGGCCUUCUCACGUCCACUGGGCCUCUUUUCCCAAUACCCUAUGACCUUGUCUUGAAACUGCUUCUGCUCUGUCCCUUUCCCCUUUCCCCCUCCCACUGCCCACAGACUCAGGCUGUGUGAUCUUGGGUAAAAACAAUGCUGGUACCAAGGCCUCCGGGGGUCCCCCACCCCCACCCCAAAGCAAACCAGCCUGGGAUGGACACAUCUAGCCCCAGGAGCUCCCAGUCUUUCAUUGACCAGCAAUCCACAGACCCCAAGGAAGUUCGUGGACUCCAGAGGGUCCAGGAAUCUCCUAAAAUUGUCCCCCCAAAUAUUGCCUGUGUGUGCAUGAGUGCAUUUUCCUGGAGAGAAGUUCUGUGGCGUUCCUCAGCUUCUUAAAGAAGUCCCUGAUCCCCAGGGGACGUUCCGUAAUGUUCUGGAUUGGAGCCACCAUCUACCUAUGCUGUGAGCCCAAACCACCUUCUUCCUCUCCCUCCACGUGGUCGUUGGGGCUGGAGCAGCACCCACCCUGGAGUGCUUUCCUCACCUCCCGACUCACCAGCAUCCUCCCAGCAGUGCCCCUGCACCCACCGCCCGCCCCGGGCUUGCCAGUGUGGGGUCCGCUCCCUCAUGCCCACUUCUCCUGUCCUUCAUUGUGAGGUUUUCUCCAUCUCCAUCUCCACUGUUACGUGUCUACCUCGGCGGGCAGCCUCACAGGCCUCGGGUCCCCCUGUCUGCUUGGGAAAUCUCCUGCCACAGCUUAAGAUGGAACUGGACAGGGAUGAAGGUGAACUGAAAGGCCUGGGCCUGGAGGACACGGGCUCCUCUAGUUACGUGGAGGAGGACUGUGCCUGGGGAUCCUUUGGAGGGUCUCUGCCUCAUGUCGGUGGGCUCAGGCAGGCUCUGCUGUGGGGACUCAGCCCUAUUCUGUUCUGCUUUUCCUCCUCUUGACCAAAGCAUGUGCCACUAGCUGUCCUCGAGGACCUUGUCUUUAUGGAACACACCCCUGGAAUAAAACCACUUCUCACACACUCA